AUGGAAAGCCCCGAUUACUUCCUCCGUUUCCCCCAUUUUCAGAGAAAGCCUGCGUUACCUUCAAAUGAUGAGUUCAACCGCCUUGCACGUCAAAUGAAAUGGAAACGAGGCUCAAAGAAGUACAAACACGAAAGAUCGGAUUUUCUUGCUUCGGAGUUCAAUAUUCAUUACGGUUCCGACGCUACGAAGUUAGAAAACUGGCAGAGACUAUGUAUAGAACUUGACAUUGGGCAAGCUAUUGGGAGCAUUACUAAAUGCCGCAAGGCGCUUGCCAAAGUCCAUGUCAAUUUGGUUGACUUGGUUGAUACUCGACGAACUGGCGAAUCAGUCGAACAUUUCCCGAACGUAUCAGCUCUUAGGAAAUAUACUAAAGAAACAAAAAAAGUCUUCCCCAAAUCGGCUGCCAAAGCAGAUGGAUUUUUGAAAGCAUUGCUUCGGGUGAUUAUUUGA